UUGGUCACGCUGAUGUAGAAUUUCGCGGUUUCUUCCGACAUCAACAACCCUACCGCAAAACCAUUCCAACCAUCCACCUUCGACCAAAUCCAUCUGGCUGGUUAUUGUCGAUCGUAGGUAGUAGCAUUGAAAGGUUGAAUUAUUGGGUCCGGACGUCGAGCCGAAGGAAAGAUGACGCGCAAAGACCGGAAGAGCAAGGCCGCUCAAAAGAAGAAGGAUCGCUUGGAGAUGGAGCGCCGGAUGAACGAGCGAGUGGCCAUCGUUAAGCUGGCCAACACUCAAACGGAUCCGUUGGACCAACUGCCCUCAUUCCAGACAUUCCGCAAAAAUGACGUGAGCCUGAACUUGUCCACCCAGCGGGUCACCGAUUUGAGCGAUGCCCGCAAGGUCUGGGUUAUGGAUCUGAUCCGCACCAACAUGAAGGCUCUCUAUGAGCAAAGCUCUUGGGGCUGGAAAGAAGCCACCAAACAGGAGGAGAUGUACGACGAUGCCGCCUGGUAUCUGAUCGCCGAAACCGAAGAUGGGGUGCCCGUAGCCUAUGCCCAAUUCCGCUACGACAUGGAUUACGACGAUGAGGUGUUGUACGUGUACGAGAUCCAGUUGGAAGAGGCCUACCGACGGAAGGGCCUGGGCAAAUUCAUGAUGAUGAUCCUAGAGUUGCUCUCCUUUAAGGCGGAUAUGCGGAAGAUCAUGCUCACGGCCUUCAAGCACAACAAAGAAGCCAACCAGUUCUUCAAAGGCGCCCUCAAAUACGAGAUUGACGAGACGUGUCCCUUGGAUGAUGUCCACGAGCAAUUCGACUACGAGAUCUUGAGCAAGUUCAACAAGAAGAAAUUGGCCCGCGAGGCCAAAGAGUUGAGCGAACAAGAGAACCACGCCCAUAAUAGCCAAGGUGGCGGAUGUUGUGGGGGACACUAAUUAUUAUUCAAUCAUUCCCCAGACUACAUAACGUGACUGACAAUUUUGUUUGUGACAUAUUAAACCGAAACCCAACUA